UCAUUCCAGGCAAUAUCUGUCAGAUGCUUUGCCUUCCUUAUACCGAAGCUGGCCGGGUGCGAUAACAUGCCCGCCUCGUACCAUCAAGUUGCGACCCGAAUGCAUCCGAUCAUCAACAAUGAAAUGGAUUUGAAGCAAUUAAAUUUUCAGAAUCCCUCCGGAUUAUAUCUGAUGCUAAAGACUGUCGAGCACUUACAGGACGAAGCUUUAAUGGGAGAACUUUUCGGUCGUCAGAUUCUCAUUACAGAAGCCAAGUGCAUUUUGGAUAGCACAAACUAUGAAAAAUGUUUGGCCCAUCUUAAAUCGUUGAUCAGUACAACUUCCAAACAACCGUUGUUCACAUUUUUGUGCAGCAAACACCCGGCAAUCAUCGAGCAACUUCUAAUGAAUCUCAAAUCAAAGAUCUAUCAAUCCGAUGUUGUAGAGCAGAACAUGAUCGUGUUCUUCCAGUAUUCAAUGGUGAUCGAUCAUUUGGUAGAUUACUUUUGUCAGCAUCGAACAACAGAGUUGAAAGAAUUCUUAGCAAGAGAUAUAUGCUGCUUCCUAAGCAACACAAUGGUGUGGUCGAAAUCGUUACAAUUACCGGUGUUGAACUGUCUGUUGAAUUUUCUGAUAAAAGUAGUGCCGACAUGUGCCGAAUACAUAAGACCGCACCUGAACAUCCUGACGUCUUCCUUGAUUGCUGUGUAUGAUCAACAUCCCUGUGCACGAGUGAUUACUAAACUGCUCAAGGUAUUGGAGCUUAUUGUACUGGAACAUCAAUUAUUGUUCGGUGAUGCCAUCAAAAAACUUAACUACUUUCCUGAACAUGAUGACUUUAAGGAGCUACGUGAAUCAUUGGAAAAGUUGAAGGAAUCGCAGUUUCAGCUGAGUCUAGCUGAGGAUAUCAAUCGUAUAAUCCAGCUUCCACAACUUAAAUACGGAGAAUUGGUCACAUUGCAGAAUUUGUUAUCUUCCAAGAAGACCGAACUGCAUGACAUAUGCGAAGAGCUUGAAUCGUCGAAUGGAUUCUCAGAGAGCUGUGCAAAUAACGCCAUUCUACUACUGAUCAACUCAUUGUUAAAUGAGAUUCGAAAUAGUUCUAACGAAAAGCACACAAUAGCCGCCUUGCGAUGUCUUGGCGAAAUAGGGCCGGUUGAUUUGUCGACCAUGUUGCUCAAAUCGGAUGCUCAGACAGAAAUGUACACCAAUUUUAAGGAUACGGAACAUGCAGUUGAACAGUUUAUUCGGGUGAUUCUGUUGCAGUUGAAUGAUUUAGUCGUAGCGAAGGAUCAGAAUGUUGUACAGAAGGCAACUCAGGUGUGUUAUCAUCUGUUGCAAAAUCGUGAAUACCGUAGCAUGGCUUCCAAUUUAAGAACGCUGUUUCCGUACAUGACGCUUGCCGAAAACAAUAGUCCAAUUUUUGUACGCCCCGCGGAAAAUUUCAAAUUGGGAUCAUUGGCAGGAAUAUGCGACGGAUCAUUGAACUAUGCUUCAUUCGUACUGGCUUUAUCAACCACUUUGCUGGAAACUCUACAGGACACUGUGAUCAAGGAGUUGACUAAAGUUGAGAUCACCUUCGCGGCAAAGAUGAUACCUGGGUUGAUGCAAAUUAUUUUAAGCUUCAAAGAUAAUGGUUUGAAUGGUGGCAUUGAAAAUUUCGUGAAUAAUUUCUUUUCAAAGUUUUCCGACAAGUCGACACCUUCUAAUUGUAUAAGUAAAACUUUGGAGGCAAUCCAUCUUAUGUUGGCAAUUGUGGAAUGUAUUCGAAUGAAUAAUCAAAAUAAUUCCAACCACAGCAUUAACCUGAAUUGGCUGCAGAUAGCAUCAGCCAGUCUCCAUUGUCAAUCUUAUUUCAAAGCUAUCCUGUACGGUGAACUAUGGUGCAUGAGUAAACGAGAUGAAGGUGCGGAAAGCGAAGCUAUUAGUCGAAAUAAGCAGUUGAUGGACAUUAUGAAAUUGGCUCAUUUGUCGGUUGGAAUUGAGGAUGCAGCAAAAGCUUUCCUUGAUCCGAUAUCGUCUCGAAGUGAGUAUUACCAGUUGGAACGAAGAUUCAAUCAAAGCUUGCUGUACUACGAUGUGAUCAGCUCCAGCAAGGACCAGUCCGAGCGGUCAGCUUACGUACAGGCGCUGAAGACGUCGUGCUUCCAUGGUCUGGCAAAAACUGUUGCGAAUAUUGACAAUACGAUAGAUUACGAAUGUGCAUGGAGACUGGCGGAUUGGAAUGUAGCCAUCGAUGACAAAGCAAAUCAGCUUGAGCAAAAUAUGGACUGGCAACACAUAUUCCAGAAACAACAUUAUAAAGCACUCAAAUGUUUGGAACUGAAGGAUGAGAUUGCAACGGAUAGUGCUGUGCUUGAAGCACGAAAAGCUGUCGCAGAAAUGUUAAAAGUGGUCAGCAUGGAGUCAACACAGAACAUUUAUCCAUAUUUGAGCAAACUGCGACAGUUACAGCAAAUCGAAGAUUUCAUGAACAUCCAAUUUUAUCGCGUUAUUGAUGGAGAGACCGAGUUGUUACAAAAGUGGAAUUUGCAGGACAAUUUGUCUUACAGUGGCUUCUCCUUCAUGGAGGCAAUCCUAGCCCAACGGGUUAUAGUCCUCAAAACGGCACGUGUUCGCGCCAUGCGUAAAUGGGUACCCGAUGCACUCAAUCAGGCGCUGUUUCAUUUGAUACACGAGGCUCGCAUUAGUGGACAUUUUGACGUGGCUGCAGCAAACAUUUGUGCCAUGUCGCAGCAGACUUUGUCAGAGAAUGUGAAGGCCUUGCUGAUGUUGGAAGACGCCCAGCUAAAUUGGGCUAAUGGCGAUAAGUUUCUAUCGAAGAAGCUGGUCAACGAUAUUGUUGCCGCUGGUAAGUGCAAAGACCUGAUGGUAAAUGCGGCCGCUUAUCGAAUUUAUGGAACAUUUUUGGCGGAGACACACGCUGAGGAUGUUCACAACCUGUACAAAAAGUUUUUCAAACAUUCGCAAACUCUAGUGGAGGAGGGAUUGAAGCACGCCAGUCAACACGACAAAAGCAGUACAAUUGACUAUCAGAGCAAGUGCCUGAACAAUGAUAGAAAUUUUGUUAUUUUGAAUACGGUUGCAAAGUAUGCUGACAGAGAAUUUGUACGGCUGAAAAAACACUUCACAUCAACGGAAUUCAAGCUGAAGAAACAAAACCUAGAACAUCUGAAAGCGGAGCUGAUUAUGCUGGAAGCAGAGGUGGCGAAGCUCAAAGAUUCGGACAAAGAAAAAAUCAUGAAUCUACGCCGGGCCAAGGUUUCAACGAAGCAAAACGCGUUGCGCGACGAGGAAUCCAUCAACACAAUGAUGUCCAACAUGGAAGACUACCUGAAGCUGGCGCUGUUCUACUAUUCUGCGUACACUCGCAAGACGAGCAUUGAAAGCGAUCUAGCGGUUUUCCGUAUCGUGGCACUUUGGUUGGGAAAUUACAGCGAGAAAAUUGCCGAUACGAUUAAAGAAACUUUGAAGGUUAUUCCAACAUACAAAUUCGUGCCUGUACUACCGCAACUUGCUCCUCGAUUGGACAACCAGAAGGAGGGCAUAGGUCGACUGGUUUGGGAAACGUUGGAACGAUGUGCGAUCGACCAUCCGCAUCAUACGCUGCCGCACAUUUUGGCUCAGGUGCACGCCUUCGCUGAUGUUGAACGGAAAGAUGUUCCGAAGAAUGACGAACGACUUCUGGGAGCGCAAUCGUUGUACAAUAGACUGCAAAAGAAUCAAAAAAUCUCUGGAAUUAUCGAUCAAACCACCGACAUGAGCUUGGCCUUCAUAGAAAUGGCGAAUAAAAUGCUUGGAUCCGCAAAGGGAUUCAGUGACUACAAGAUGACGACAAAAGAUGCACUACGAAGAUGUCAGGAACUGGACAAAGUCCACUGUUCAACAGUAGAAUUGAAAGUUCAAGAGAGUGGUGUUUAUAAUGAAAUCAUUGGCAUACACAGAUGGGACGAUCAGAUUCACGGAGUCGGUGGAAUCAACGCACCGAAGAAAUUGGUUUGUCAUUGCAUGGAUGGACAGAAACGUAUACAGCUAUUGAAGGGUCGAGAUGACAUGCGACAGGACGCCGUUAUGCAGCAAGUAUUCGGUAUCCUGAACGUGCUGCUUCGGAAUGAUAAAGAGGCCGGAAAGCGAAAACUUACGACCCGGAUUUACAAAGUUGUCCCAUUGUCGAGACAGAGCGGGGUCCUUGAAUGGUGCUCGAAUACUAUCCCUAUUGGGUCGUGGCUAAUUCCUGCACAUUCACGCUACCGACCCAAGGACAUGAGCGCGUUUGAUGCACGAAAGGCGUUCGCAGAUCUUGCCAAGUCGUCAGUUAGGACGAAGCAGGAGAAAUUCCUCAAAAUUUGUCGACAGCUAAGUCCGGUAUUCCACCAUUUCUUUCUCGAGAGAUUUGUGACGUCGGGAAUGUGGUUCGAGCGUCGACUUGCAUAUAUAAAAAGUGUGGCGGUUUCGUCGAUGAUUGGCUACAUUUUGGGCAUUGGUGACCGCCACGUGCAGAACGUGCUGGUUGACGAGAACACUGCCGAGGUAAUCCAUAUAGACUUCGGCAUCGCAUUUGAGCUGGGUAAAAACUUACCUACCCCGGAAACGAUUCCCUUUCGACUUACUAGAGAUAUUGUGGCAGGCAUGGGAAUCAGCGGCAUUGAGGGUGUUUUCAGAAAAUCAUGCGAGAAAACUUUGGAAAUUCUACGUAAUAAUCAUGCACCGAUCAUGACAAUCUUGGAAGUGCUCUUAUACGAUCCUCUCUACACGUGGAACGUGCUGGCCAACAAAAAGGCUGCUCGGAAACAGAUGUCGGAGCUGUACGGUGGGGAAGGAGGCCAUGAUGCACGCAGUGAGACGGUAAAUAUAAGUGCCGAACGUGCCUUGCUACGAGUCAGUGAUAAACUCAAUGGUAAGGAAGAUGAAAAGUUUACCUCAGUAGAGGGUCAAGUGGAAAGGCUGAUUUUUUCUGCUUCGAGCAAUCUUAACCUGUGCCAACUUUUCCACGGGUGGCAACCGUACCUGUAGAUUAAUUGUUCUGUGAGCGUUGAGUUAGCUCUAGUUGAAUUUAUGUUUUGCGUCUUAAGUAUUUUACGAAACUAUUUAUUUGAUGAACUUAAAAGAAAUUCAUUGUCAACGUUAAGGUGUUCUUUUAGACAUAAUUGAUUAAAAUAAUGAUUCUCAUAAA